AUGGUCAUACUGCAAUCAACACAGAAUAAACAAUUAUCGUCGAUUUUUGCACGCAUUUUGUUAGUACUCACUCGAAUGAUGCACGUCUAUCUUAAGUGGAUUAGAAUUAAAUCAGUGUAUUGUUUUGUAUUAAUGAUAUUAAUUUUCGUGCUAUGUUAUCUGUACAAUACCAGUUAUUCAAAGAAAACGAAAUUGGAAGCUCCUUGUUUAAUGAACACGCCAUUCGCUACAUCAACGACUGAGAUUGUAUCAGAUAAAUCUCCCAAGCCCAGAACUAAGACAAAGUUUAUAUUACUGUGGACAAAUCCUAACACGUACCCAUUUCUUUAUUUCGGCGAGGGAAACGAUAUAUUCAAGAAGAAAAAAUGUGAAUAUGUUAAUUGUUAUGUGACAAGUAACAGGCGACUUUUAAGGGAACUCACUGAAUUCAACAUUGUGGUGUUUAACGGGCCACAACUUGGAGAUAUGAUGCCAAGCGACGACAUCCCAAUAGUAAGAUCUUUUCGUCAAAAAUAUGUGUAUGCCAACAUUGAAGCCGCAGUUAACUAUCCUAUUUGCCGAAAUACUUGGAACAAUUUCUUUAAUUGGACUUGGACGUAUAAAUUAAAUUCUGAUGCUAUCUGGGGUUAUAUCGUCAUAACGAAUACUAGUAAUCACGUUAUUGGUCCAAAAGAAAAUAUGGAUUGGAUGAGCGUCGACGACAUGAAAAAUAUUGACAAUGAUUUAAAAUUAAAACUGGCCUCUAAACACGUAGCGGCGGCUUGGUUUGUUUCUAAUUGUAACACAUUGAGUAAAAGGGAAUUUUUCUUUAACGAACUGCAAACUUUUAUGAGUUACUCCAAUUUAAAGGCAGACGUGUACGGUUCUUGUGGAUCUUUUCAAUGUCCUAAAUCAAUAAUGUACAGAUGUCACGAUGAGUUACAAAGAAAAUAUUACUUUUAUUUGGCCUUCGAAAACGCUUUGAGUGACGAUUAUGUAUCAGAAAAGAUUUUGCAUGCUCUCAAUCAUUACACCGUACCGGUCGUAUAUGGAGGAGCUGAUUAUUCAAGAUUCUUACCACCUGGUUCAUAUCUGGACGCCAAGAAAUUAGGUGCAAGAAAUCUAGCCAAGGAGAUGUCCGAUAUUAUAGACAACCCAGAAAUAUAUUACAGAUUCUUUAGAUGGCGAAAUUACUAUAAUAUUCGAAGCAGGUAUGAGAGCCCGGACACAGAUGAUUACUGUAGGUUUUGCGCCAUGGCCAAUGAUGAAAAUCUAAUGAGGAAAAAUACUAUCUAUGAAAACUUUAGUUCUUGGUGGACUCCUGAGGGGUUUUGUCUGAAGAGAUAA